GAAUUCUCUCAACAAUUAGCUUUUUCCCACUCUCAUCUUAAGUUAUCUCUCUUUUCUUUUUUUCCCCGGAUUAGUACUACACGUUGCUGUUCUACUGUUGUGAACAUUGUUGUUUGUGUCUCCGCUGUCAAACGUUCGUGUCACAGUUUAGGUCAUUCUCCAUUCUUUCUUCUCCCUACCGUCUCGCACGCACACGGUCGCACACCCGCAUACACAUACACAUCGCCCGAUUCGGCUUUCGUUGGACCUCUCACAACCUGCCUCUCUUUUAUUAUUUCCAGCUGCUCUAAGCCUUUUCCACCCACAUACACACCCGCGCACACACACACCGGAAAGGAAAUCGAAAAUGGAGAACUCCGUAGGCGACCUCAUCAAUUUGGUCAGCAAGAGCGAGAUCCGCUACGAGGGCCAGCUACACUCCAUCAGCACCGAUGAUAACACCGUGAGCCUGUCCAAUGUCCGCAUAUACGGCACCGAAGGCCGCAAACACGGCGUGGGAGAGGUGCCGGCGACGGAUCAGGUCUUCGAGUUCAUCGUGUUCCGUGGGUCGGACAUUAAGGACUUGACGGUCUUCCGCGAGGAGGUGCAGCCGCAGGAUCGCGACCCGGCCAUUGUUGAGAUGCACGCCCCGAGCCGUGCCGUACGCGGUGGACGGGCGGGCGGUGCGGUGGGCAGCGGCACGACUGGUGGUGGCCGCGGUGCACGCGGCUUCUACGACGAGUCCUUCACCUACGGCCGAGGCAGCGGCGGUAACAACGCCCGCCGUGGUGGUGGUGGCGGCGGUGGUGGCUACGGUGGCGGCCGCUUCCACAACAAUAACAACCGCCCUCACCACGGCGGCUACGGUGGCGGCCGCGGCGGUGGCGGCUCCGGUGGCAACUACCGCCGCAACUACCGCGACCAGCACACCGGCCAGGACUUCCUGCCGGUGACGGGCGGCUCGGAGGAGAAGUUCGCCUCUGAGUUCGACUUCGCGAAGAUGCGCGAGGAGUUCGAGAAGAAGAAGAACGAGUUUGAGAAGGCGAAGGAAGACGCCAAGAGCCACGCCAAGGCGUACAACAAGAGCAGCUUCUUUGACACCGUGUCGUGCGAUCAGAAGGAGAAGGCGCAGGGCAUGAACCGUGCGGAGAUGCGCAAGGCCGAUACGGAGACGUUCGGCUCGGAGAUGGUGAGCAGCAUGCGCGGGUUCCGCCGCGGUCGCGGUGGCCGUGGCCGUUAUCAGCAGCGCUGA